AUGCUGGUGGUGGUGCUGGGUUUUCCGAAAAAAGUGGCUAGUGGAGGAUUUUCCGCAAAACCGAUAACCAACCCCGUUCUAGACGUUUGGUAUCCAUCGUUAGCGGUGCUGAUGCUCGCCGUUGGCCUCGUAAUCACCGCAUCUUUCUUUAUCUAUGAAGCGACCUCUUCGAGGAAAAACCGUAGUCUUGCUAAAGAACUUGUAAUAGGGGCAGUCACAUUUGUCUUUUUGGGCUUUGGAUCCUUGUUCUUGCUCCUUUCUUCAGGUGUUUAUGUCUGAUUAAUGCAAACAUAAUAGUUUUGGAAGUUUAUGAUUUCUUGAAUAUUACAAUUUCUUUUACACAUUAUAGAUAUUUGAUCUGACAUCUUUGAAUUAAAUUA